UGAGCGGAGUUUCAAAAGUCGGCUUUGCAGCCAAACCCCUACAUCUCAAUAUUUUCAAGGCCUUGGUAGCGUACCCUGUGAUAUCUAGUUUGUUGGCCAAGAAAGCAACAGUUGGUGCGAGCACAGGAGCAAAAGCAGGACUCUACGCGAUCAUCGUCAUCGCGUACUGUGUUGAAUUGAACGAUCCGUUAUGAACGCACCAAACAGAUUUGAGCUCUUUGUCCUUGAAGACGGCGAGAAACCCGUCGAGGUCACGGAAGAUACCAAAAUCCCUAAUGCAGCCACUUUCAAGAUCGUGAAGCAAGACCACACGUUGGGUAACAUGAUUCGCGCGCAAGUUCUUUCGAUGCCUCAAGUACUCUUUGCUGGGUACAAAGUACCUCAUCCACUCCAUCCCUAUUUUCUGUUGAAAAUCCAGACGGAUGGGUCGAUGACGCCGCAAGCUGUCCUGGAGCAAGCCUGCACGAAACUCAUCGCCACAUUAUCCUCGCUGGAGGCAAAAUUCAAGCGAGAGUUCUCCUUCAAGACGACUGAGGGCACUGUGCCAGAGGACCCAUAUGGCACGACGGGCGCGAGUGCACAAGGCUGGGGGACGGGGAAGGAUUAUCUGGACUUCUAGAAUUUACAUAUCAUGGGUACCUGUCACAUCGUGGUUGUACAUGUAUACAUAAAUUGCUUUUGGUGUAUGCGCGGGUCUACAUGUACACCCCGACCCACACGGAUCACCGCGGGAACGUGUGUUUCC